AUGUGGUUUGCCAUGAUCUGGAUUAUUGUUGGAGCAAUUCUACAAACGACCUCGUUCUCAAGAGCUCAACUGCUGGUUGCGCGCUUUGUCACCGGUAUAGGUACGGGUAUCGAAACCACCGUCGUACCAGUGUACCAAUCCGAGCUAUGCGAAGCCAAGAAACGCGGAAAAUAUGUCUGCAGUGAGCCGCUAUUCGUUGGCGUUGGUAUUGUCAUUGCUUACUGGUUUGAUUAUGGCAUGAGUUAUGUUGAUGGGGAUAUCAAUUGGCGGUUGCCGAUUGCUUGUCAGAUGAUUUUUGCUAUAAUGGUUAUCUUGCUGGUCUUUGGACCAGAUGAAGCUCUCCAGGUUCUAUGUGAUAUCUAUGACAUGGGACCCGAGGAUGGGAAAGUUAUCUCCGAAUCUGAGGGUAUCAUUCAGGCUAUCCAUCUUGAGACUCUACACGGUGAAUAUAAAUGGUCCCAAAUUCUCAAACGGGAUGAAGUGCAGACUGGUCGACGAGUGUUGCUGGCUUAUGGGAUCCAGUUUAUGAAUCAGAUGGGAGGAAUUAACCUGGUUGUGUACUAUGUGACUUCUGUGCUCGAGUACAACGUCGGCUUGACCCGGAAACUAAGUCUUUUAUUGGGAGGAGUAAUCCAAAUUAUGUUUGUGAUCGUCCUCCUCGUCCAUUACACGCAUCCUGGUAUUGAUAUUACUACUGCAGGGACAUCGAUCGAAAAACCGACAGCAACGGCCUCCGUCGCGUUCUUCUUCCUCUUCAUGCUAAUCUUCGGUGCAUCGGUGAAUUGUAUUCCGUGGGUAUACGGACCUGAGAUUCUACCUCUGCAUGUUCGCGCUAAGGGCCAAGCCAUUGGAAUCUCAGCAAACUGGCUCUGGAAUUUCUUCGUGGUAAUGAUAACGCCCACACUGAUCCAAGACCUGGCCUGGAAGGGAUACUUGAUUUUCAUGUGUCUGAAUUUAAUUUUCGUUCCGAUUAUCUACUUUUUCUACCCCGAGACCGCUAAUCUCACGCUCGAGGAGAUUGAUUUCCUGUUUACGGAUAGAGCGAGAUACCCUACUAUCGUGGGUUCACGGUCAGCUGGAGGUGUGGAUACUCGCGUAAGUAUGAAUGAGAGCGAGAAUGGAAAUGAGAAAGAUGGAAGUGGAAGUGGAAGCGCUGGGGGUAGUGUCAGCCACGAUGAAGUGAGGAUUGGUGCUAGAGAGAAGGAAUGA